CUUGUGAUGUUCAUGUAUUAGUGUAUAUAUGCCAAACUAAAAUGGUUGCACUCCUGCUUGUCCUGUUGGGAGCCUUCCGGUUUAUUGCUUCCGGUUCCUCAUCUCAUUCCAUGGAUGGCAUGUACAGUGCAUUGUGGGAGCCCAGCCAAGGACUGGUCCAGUUCAGUGGGGUAACGUAUGUGGAUGGCCAGCUCGCUACUUACUACGACAGCCAGACGAGGCGGGCCCAGCCUCGCAUCUCAUGGAUGAAGAAUGUGGAGAAGUACUAUCCUCAGUUCUGGGAUAUAAACACUUGGAGAUUUCAGAGCAGUGAGCAGAGGUUCAGAAGGGACCUGGUGAAUCUGCAAAAACAUUACAACCAGACCAGAGGCUUUCACACCUGGCAGUUGGCGUGUGGCUGCAAGAUCCAUGAAGACGGCCGGAGAGAAGCUUAUUGCCAGUACGGCUAUGACGGGAAGGACUUCCUCUCCUUCGACAAGGAGACGCUCACCUGGACGGCAGCAGAUGUGCCGGCCCAGUUUACCAAGCGGAAGUGGGAGGUUGACGUGGGUUGGUCUCGUCAUUUGAAGUUCUACCUGGAGGAGGAGUGCCCUGAUUGGCUGCCGAAACUCUUGGAGUGUGGAAAGGAGGAGCUGCUGAGGAAAGACCCUCCAACGGUGAAAGUUACACGCAUGGCAGGUCAGGAUGGGCUGGAAACUCUCAUCUGCCAGGCCUACGGCUUCUACCCCAAGGAGAUCGACACCACCUGGAGGAAGGACAGGGAGGUCUUGGAGCAGGAGACUAUCCGCAGGGAUGUGGCACCCAACUCAGACGGGACGUACUACGCCUGGCUCAGCAUCCGGAUAGACCCCGAGGACAAGGACCACUACUGGUGCCACGUGGAGCAUGAUGGUCUUCUGGAGCCUCUAGACGUGGCUUUCAGGGAGCCUGCCUCAAAGACAUCCCAUCUGGGGAGCAUCUUGGGGGCUGUGGCUGCUGUGGUGAUACUGCUGGUGUGGGGUAUCAUUGGGUACAUCACAAAAUACUCUGCUGGGAGUGCUGGAGGAUCGAGUAGUGUGCCGGACAACUUGUCCUUAAUCAUCCCUGCCCCUUCAGAACUUCUGCCAGCCCAUAAUAUAGUUCCAUAGGAACAUAGGAAGCUGUCUUAUUCCAACUCAGACCCUUGGUCCAUCUAAUUGAGUGCUGUCUACACUGACUGGAAGCCUGGCCUGGAGAUGCUGAGGAUUUGACCUGGGACCUUCUGCAGUGAAGCAGUUGCUCCACCUCUGGCCCUUCAAAGUUUGAAAUAUCGAAGGAGGAAUGGUGAAGGCCCAUUAUGGUUUUCAAACUUCCAAAUGAGAACUUUUUGGGGACUGGUUUCCUUGAAGGAUCAGUUUACGCUGCAUAUGCCCAGUCAAGCAUUUAGAUUUAUAAAAGGGCUUAUCCA